GCAAAAGUGUCAGAAAUUGUGAGAAUUAAUAUUUCACAAGAGAUUUGAGUGCGCGCUACCAACAAACAAACAAACAGCCGAACAGCAUAACAAACAACGGCAAACUUUUCAUUUUUACAACAUUGUACGCUUGCCAGGGAAACAAGUUUCGGCUGCUGUCUUUUUUUUUCCCCCCUCCUCGUUAUGUUGCCUGGCACUCACUCGCGUAAUAUUAUGAGAAAUAUGUGAAAAAGUGUAACAGCGCCAAUAACAACAACAGCAACAACAACAACAACAACAGUAACAACAAACUUUCGACACUCACGUAGCGUAGGUCAAAAACAUUUGGUCCGGUUCUCGGUUCGGUCACACAGACUCCACUUCAAGCUACAGCUUGGAAUUCCCAAACGUUGCCGACGUUAUUUUCACCGUCAGCGUGUAUGUGUGUGUGUGUGUCUUUUGACUGCAACAUGGGAAGCAUUGUGUAACGUAGUAAUGUGCUAAAUUGGUUAAUUUAUUGCCUCUAACUACAGGAAUCACAACGAAAAAUAGCAACAACAACAACAACAACAGCAACCUCUCUUUUGGAUUUAAAUGCAUAUAGACCACAAAGUUAAGGCAAUUGACAUUUAUUGGCAAGAAGCGGCAAACGGAAGUGCCCACUGACCGACCGCCGCACAACAAUAAAAGCAUAAAAUAGAUAUAAUAAAAAAUAGUUCUACAUACACAAAUGUCAUCAGUGGAAAAUACGAACCGAAGGCUAACAGAAGGCUUGCAAAUGUCGAUGCCAACAACAACAAGAAGAACAACAACAAAUACAAAAGGCGCGAGCGCCAUGGCUUUGUCCUCUCUAAAGCGUGGGCGUGGCCGUCUGGCCGGCUUUAGUUGUAUCUGUUGGCCGGGCUUGUUGCUGCUGCUGCUGGUGCCGGAUUUUAUUGUGGCACUCAAGGAUGUUUCGGUAAUGAUACCGCAGGCGGUAAAGCGAGGCAGCAACGCCUUGUUCAUCUGUAAUUACGAUAUGGAAAAUGAUACGCUAUAUUCAGUCAAAUGGUACAAAGGCAAGCGUGAGUUUUAUCGCUAUACGCCCAAAGAGAAUCCGGCCAUGAAAGUGUUUGCCAUGACAAGUGGCCUCAACGUAGAGAGAAACCUGUCGAAUCAAAGUCAUGUCGUGCUGCAGUCGGUGCCGCUGAAUAUUUCGGGCAAAUUUACAUGCGAAAUAUCCGUGGAGGCGCCCACCUUUCAAACAGCCAUGGUGUCCGGCGAAAUGGAAGUAGUCGAACUACCGGAAGAGCACACAGUGGUAACCGGAAUACAAGCACGUUAUCGCAUUGGCGAUUUGGUCGAUGCCAAUUGCUCAAUUAAAUACUCGAAACCGGCUGCUAAUUUGACAUGGACUAUUAAUGGUAUUGUGGUGUCGCCGCAUCACAUCAAGACAUAUCAGAUUGAAAAGCAGGAGAAUAGCACCCUGGAGAGCGUUAUGAGCGCCGUUCACUUUAUGGUCACCAACCAGCAUUUUAACAAAGGACAAAUGAAGCUCAAGUGCGCCUCGUACAUUUUCGACAUAUUCAAGGAGGAGAUCGAGAAUGUCAUUGAAGAAGAUCGUCCCAGAAUCUUAGCCUCGGGACGCUCAUAUGAUAUGGAUCAUGGACACGGCAAGGGCGAGCAUGGCUACGAGGAUCAUAACGAAUCGUAUUUAAAGCAAUCAGAUCGUGAAAAUAAAGGCUCAUCGGGAGCCUCAACAUCUAUACACAAAGUCUUCUGGAGUGCUUGGCUAUUGAAGAUUGUGGAUGCUUUGCCGCUGCAACAAAUAAUAAAGCUAUGCAGACACAUUAACCGACAGCUGCUGGAAACGUGGACAUGGCUUAGCGAGCUGGGAGCACUAACGCCGUCUACUAUGCCUGCAGUCUGUAGUGGCAGCAGCAUUCUCGCAGCUAUACCCCUUGGAGCGUGGUGGUGGUCCCAUCGAAUUAUCAACUGUCAAUACGGCAGCGACAAGGCGGCAACGCAAGAGCAACAGCAACAAUCGUCUACGAGCGACAGCGACUGCGACUGCGACGCUGGAAGCGCGGAUGAUGUCGAUUUGACAAUGUCAAAGGCAACGACGGCAAGCGACAAAUGCUUUUAUAAUUGUCAAAUGGCAUUGGCAACACUUUGGCGCUGGCAGGCAGAAGCUGGCAAUACGAAUCUGGAUCAGAGUGUGAAAGCAGCAGCAGCAGAUGAUGAUGAUGACAAUGAUGAUGAUGAGAAUAUUGCGAGUGUUGCCAUGUGCUGCGAUGAUUUAACUGCACCAACAGUAGCAGCAGCAGCAGCAGCAGCAAUCGCGAAGCGACGGCUGUCAGCGACACUUGCAAAAGUGGGCGUGCCAGCGUCGCUGGAUCAACGAUUAUUGAUGACUUGGCAGGCAUUGGCAGCGGAGCUGGUUACCAUCUCGUGCUGAUGCUGAAUUGAUGAUGAAAUGCAUUUCAAAAAGUAGCUUAAGGUGUUGCAACCAACUGUGCACAUUUCUCUUACCGCCCCUUCCCCUCCUUCCACCCACUCACACACACACUACUUCAAGCAUGCCAGUCGCCCAGUACAUACUUUUUGGUUAACUUGUUUGCUCCACAUUAUUAAGUGUCUGAUUUAAUGCAUGGAAUGCGUAAACAUAAUA